GAAAAGCCGGAAGUUUUGAUAUAUGUUUGCGCUGUAGCAGACACUCAUUUCCUCUCUGGUGACAACUUUUGUCCAAACCUCCAGAAACGUUUUAUAUGUUGAUACGACCUUCUUUUUUCAAUUGGGCCACCAUGGUUUCAAAAAUUUCAAGAUGUCGGCCAUAUUUAAACAAAACAGCGUGUUCAACUGGGCGUGUCGAAUGAGGUUGGUGUACCGAUAGUCUCUAUGGAGGGGGACAAUAAUACAAUCACGGUCACCAUGACGGAGGACGGAUACAUCUCCAUGUCCAUGAAACAUCCAGAGGAAGAGGUGGAAGGGGAGCUUGGUGAGGAUGAAGAGCCACCCAUUAAACAGCUCAAACUAGAACUUGGUGAGACAGAGGCCAUCGAAGAAGGAGCUGCUCAGGAAGUCCAGAUAGAGGAAGUGCAGAUCUCGCAGGAAGUAGAGCCUGACAUCACAGAGGCACAGGAAGUCUCCUUAGCAGAUGGGGUGGUGUAUGAAGAGGAGGUUGUCCAACAGACCAAUCAACAACCGGCCCCACACUACCAGAACCUCAUCAUACAACAUAUGGACAUCGCCGAGCCUCUGUCAACACUUAAAUCCUUACUAGAAAUGAGACUACAGUGUUCUCUGGCUGAACACCAGUUCUUCUUACAGGACACCAUUCUGUUGGACACGUACAAGAGUUUAGUGGACCAGUGUGUCCAGGGAGAAGGCAUGGUACAGAUUAACCUGGAGGUGAAAUCUCAGCCAGCAGGCGUUAAACCAAAGAUCAAUAUCGUUGAUAUCUUGAAGCCAGCCGACGAGGUGGAACCACAGGUCGAGCAAGCUGCACCAACGCCGCCUCCUGUAGUCCAACAGAAAACCGUUUCACCGGCUAAAGUCGUUAUACCUCUGCCUGAAGAAUCGGAAAACGUCACACGUUGGAUUGUAGACCAGCAUUUUAGAAGAGAACAAGAACGACUGAAAAUUCCCUUUGACCCUGUCCAGUGGAGUGAGGUUCAUGUGAGACACUGGAUUGAGUGGGCGAUGAAGGAGUUUCAGUUAGACGGGGUGAAUGCAGACAUGUUCGGUAUCAAUGGAAAACAGCUGUGUGAACUUUCUCACCCGGAAUUCAUCAAACUUAUUCCUAACGACAAGGGUGAUGUCUUUUGGACCCAUCUCGAACUCCUCCGGAAGUGCAAGUUUGUUGCUGUGAUGCAGCAGCCCACUCCACACGCCAUCACAACUAUCACAGUGUCAACGUCGGGCGGACAGGAUGGUAGGGUACGGACGAUAAAACACCAUCGACCUCGAUCUCCUCGCAUCACCGGGGAUGAAAGACUGUCUUCGCCAGGUAACAGAACAGGAAAUAACGGUCAGAUACAACUAUGGCAGUUCCUCCUCGAGCUCCUCACGGACAAGGACUGUCGCGAGGUGAUCCAGUGGCUGGGAGACGAUGGAGAGUUUAAACUUAAUAACCCUGAAAUGGUGGCGCAGAUGUGGGGACAACGUAAAAACAAGCCUACAAUGAACUACGAGAAACUGAGUCGUGCCCUCCGAUACUACUACGACGGAGAUAUGAUAGCUAAGGUGCAUGGGAAGAGAUUUGUGUACAAGUUUGUGUGUGACCUGAAGAUGUUGCUUGGUUACUCAGCCGCAGACUUAAACAGACUUGUCACUGUGUGUGCAGAGAAAAAACUGCAGCGAGUGCGCGAAUCACUACGACCAGGCGUAUCAGAACGUCUGGGUGCGACAAAACUGAUAACAAUGACACAAACGACUGUUCAAACGAUGGAAUAGCACCCGCCGUCAUCUCAUCUGUAUUAUAGACUGUUUCCUAUUGUUCAUUGUUUAUAGUCUGUUUCAUAUUUCUGACCAGUGAAUGCCUGUUAUGUAUGUGUCCGUAUUCCUUUUUGACCAUAUAUGCCUGUUAUGGUCUGUUUCACAUUUGACCACAAGAUGCCUAAUUUUGGUCCAUAUGAAUCAUGUAUGCCUGUUAUGGUUUGUUUCAUAUUGUUCUGCAAUGUAUGUAUGUAUGUAACAUGUCUUCAGCAUUAUUAAGUCAUUAGACAGCCUGCAGAUUCAUUCUUGAGAUGAUAGAUAUACUGUACUGUAUAAAUGAAGAGAAAAAAUGUCUGCCUGAGGUACGAAUCCCAGAUGAUAAAGAUGUCAGACGCUUAUACUAGAAUUACAAUAAUUUCAUUUAGAUUUUAAUUCCUGCUUUGGAAAUAUUUAACAUGUAAUCAUCCUUUUAUGCAGUUAAUUCACAUAUUUUUGGGGUAUAUGUCAUUAUUGUGUAAAUAUACAGAGCUUUUUCUUUGGCUGCCCCAGUUAAAUAUUGAUCUUGACCAAUGAUAUAGACAAUGGGGGAUGUCAUGGCGUAACUAAAGGGCUUUCCUUAUUAGACUUUGCCCUCAACAUUUUGAAUUAAACCCUGUCAAAAAGUUUUCAGAGUAAAUUGUUAAAAAGUAUCUUUAAUUUGUUUUCAUUUGAUAUGGGGGUCUCAAACUUUUUUGAUUUUUGCCCACAAAGGCUUGAAAUACUAGAAAACUACAAAAACUCUUUUCUUAAAAUCUCCUGCGAAAUGAGAACUCAUUUACAGGUAAGAUCUUAUAUAUAUUUCUGAAAGAUGAUAAAUGAUAACGUAGUUACGUUUGAUUUCAUCGUCACAAAUAUUUCCUUGUUCUUGUUUUAAAGGAGGAGGAACACGCUUCUUGCUUAUAACAAUAGCUCCAAGUUUGUUUUAGAUUUUUCCAUUUUUAGAACUAAAAAUUGUCUCAAGUUUAGAAUUUGGAGUUUGUAUUAUGAUUUGUAUGCUGCAUUGUCUGAGUGGGGGUAUAGUCUGUUUCAUGAUUUGUAUGCCACAGUGUAUGAGUGCGGGUAUAGUCUGUUUCAUGUUAUCGACCAUACCAUGUUUGUUAUUGAGUCUGUUACUUUUUAUACGCAUGUUAGUGAGAGUGUUUUUGAAGCUGUGAAUUUGAUAUUUUAAGAAAAUUGACCAUGAUAUUUAAUGCGUGCGUUCUUGACUAGGGAAUACAGUACAUGACGUCGUGUAAUUUCGAUACGGGGUCGUGUAGCUAGUAUUGGUUAAUGUAGUCAUGUGAUCUUAAUAAUUAGAUAUAUUAAAUGAUCUUUAUUUCUACAGUAAAUUUCACCCCUCAUACUAUACUUAGGUCACAUCACUGAUGAAAGGUCAUGUGACCAGUGCUCAUUAAAUCCUGUUGUUGAACAUUACAAAAUUAAAACUAAAUUUGAAAAGAACCACUGUAUUUAUUAAUGUGAUUAAAAAAAAUAUCCAAUGUUAAUUGAACAAAGCUAAACAAGUUUGAUAAACUCUUUAUUUCCCAAGUAAAUUAAAAGUAAGGAAAUAUGAAUAAUGUACUAUAUAGCAAGCUGAUGUACAAUGUUUCUGAAUGUGAAAUAUAUAGACCUAUUCAUGUGCAGUUUUCUUAGUGAAAUGAAUAUUGUAAUUUUACUCUUUUACUGCAACAUAAAACAGUUUAUUGAAAUCAUAUUCAAGAUGAAAGUUUCAAACUUUUGAAUUUUAGAUUUUCUCAAAGACAUAUUUUUAAAGAAAUAUUAUACUAGAAACAUAUUACAACAAGCAGUAACAUUGGUAAUUCACUAUUUAAUACUGAAUGAAACUUGAUGUGAGCUUUAACAUUUUGUCUCUAAUCUCGGACUAAGGGAGGUAAUUUGUAUCGCCGUACAGCGUGUGUUGCUGACUGAUGCCAUAUCAAUAUGUAAUUGUUUAGUUUAUAAUGAGUAGUACCACAACACACAGCUUUGUAAUGUAAGGUUUCUACGCCCAAUAUCAUUGAUCAACUCAGAUUUUCCAAAUCAAAGAACUUUGAUCCGAUAGCUUCUGAGUUUCACGGAACAAAGAUAUGUCCAUCCCUGAUUGUACCACCUAAAAGAUGAAACAUGUCGACUUGUUCAAAAUCCUUUUCUCUCGUUAAAAAUUAUCGAGGUAUUAUGCUUCUUUCUGACAAGUAACUGGUUUUUGUCAGUGUAUUUUGUUGUAUUUAUUGAUAAAGUGUAAAAUUAUAGGUAACUCAAAUUUUACUUUUAAUGUUAAUUAGCUUCAACUAAGUCCUUAUUUCACCUUGGUACCUAGCUACUAUAGUUCAUUACCUUAAGAACAAAAAUGGAUUAAUCCUCAUAAAAAUAAGUUUCCUCUUUAAUUUUCCAUAAAAUAGCUGACAAGUUCCCAUUUUACACUAAUCUUUAUUUACAUCUUCAUUUUUACCUCCCAUUUGAUAGGGGAAUUGAAUGUAUCUCGUUGUGAAUAUUCAUUUCUAACAGAGAGUAGGAUUUGUUUUAUGAAUAUACAGCAGUAAUAAUGAUUAGUAAGUAUGAAAUAGUUUUUAUCAAAAUUAGUAGAUAUUCAGAAACCAAUGUAAAAUUUCUUGAUUUCAUUCUUGUUCUACAGAAUACUGAACUGGAAUUUUUUUUUUUAAUUUUUUUUUUUUUUUUCUCAUAUCUCAUGCCUUGUAGACCUAAGUCUAUAUACUCUUGUUUUGACAUUUCAUCUUUUGUGGGAAAAUACACACGUCACAAGUGUCUUACAUUUCUGUGGCCUCUCUAGUACCUAACAAUCAUCUGACUGUGUAGAGAACAGGUACAGAAUUUACAGAGAUACUUAUGGUCAUUUGUACAGUGGAACUUUUAGUCUGACUGAGAAAUGUUUCUGUUGGGGAGGGGAGUUGGUUAUCUGUUGAAAAUAAUAGACUCAUGGUUAUCGUUAUACAAUCCAGACAGAUUGAUACUAAGGGAAGUAACUGUGGUAGAAUGCAAGCUUAAUGAUGGUCAGUCUUAAGCUUAAAAUGUACAUUUUAUUCAUUUUACAACAAUUGAGGAACAAGCUAAAAGAUUUCUGCUGUAGAUAGAUUGAUCAACGAUUGAGUAAAGAGAGAUUAGACCAGAUUGAGUUCCAUUUCUGUUUUAAAUCCCGUUAUGAUAAUCUUAAUUUUGGUUUUACACUAAGGUAACUGAUCUGAAUGGUUAGUAGUGUUAGACGUUGUUCCCAUAGGGUAUGUGGACAGGGGUUUUUAUGUAGGACUUGACAAUACGAGUCAGUGUUUGACAUUGUUAUACUGUAUAUAUGUAAUCAAAUAUCAACGAACAACUAGUAGUGAAGUUUCUAUGAUAUAUAUUUUCGAAAGACAAGGUUCCACUGUACAGUAGCCAGAUAAUGCUAGUAUGUCCAGCUUGAUCUAUAGAAUUACAGUGUAAAUACCAGGAAGUUAUUUAAUAGCAUUCCUCUUGUGGAGGAAGUAUUUGUAAAUUUGUAUAAAAACACAACACUACAGAUUUAUACCAAAUAUGAACUCAAGGGUUCAAAAUAAAAAUACAAAACAAAAUUA